UCACCGCUGACAGAUUGCGUUGAGCAGCAGUGAAAAUCCAAACUGAAGAGGUGUUGAAUCAGUGGUCCGAUGUUUUAAUUGAUUUUGUGCAAAUUUCCAACUAUUUCGCGUUGAAAACAUUUCCCAGUUCAGUGAAAAGUGUUCUGCCGUUCCAGGAACUUGCUCGAGACCAAUCGUGCCGCGUCCGUUUGAACCCGCACCCCGUCUCAUCACGUUAACCCACUUGAACUGAUAAAAAAAAUCCGUACCAUCAUCCGACGUUCGUAAGAUAAAGAUGGAUGACGAGAGUGCUUGCGGGCCGCAGUAAAUAAUCCGGUUCCCCAGCAAAGAGAGAUCGACGGAUCGAUUAUCGGUCGUGUGAAACUACUGCCUGUUGCAUCUGCGAGGGGAAAGUGGAGAAAUCGAUCCAAGGUUUGGGUUAUUUUCAGUUUGUCAUGAGUCAUGGCCACUGGCCUCUGCUGGAUGCUGCUCUGGCCUUGAGACGGUGUGUUCGCGACACAAGUGGGAAAUUCUGACCUAACGGGAGAGGAAAACAUUCUCGAGUGUUGAAAGUUGUGUAUCGUGGAAUCUUUAACUGAUAAGAGCUUGCAAAACAUUGUAAUACAACUGUGGAAACAAUAAAAGGUAGUGAAGAAAGAUUUCAAGAAGUGUAAAGAAUAAGCUUAAUGCAAUACUUGAAGGAAAAUUACAAUACUGCACGUUAUGGACGCAACUGUUGGUUCUUCAACUAAAGUCGUUAGAAAAGGUGGCGCUAUUCGCCGUGAUCGAGAAGCGCUUCCGUGCGCGCCCUCCACCACCGGUAUGCCUUCCGACGCCGCCGGCCACACCACCCUCGUCGGACACUGGUGGCGCCCUCUGUAGUGACGUCAGCUCCAACAGCUCGAACGGCACCAACAACUCGCGGUGCACGUACGCCACGUACCGGUACUACCGGCGAACCGCCGCCGACCAGAAGCAUCAGAAGCGUCACCGCAUGUCCUCGUCCAGUCCGAAAACAGGAACAGGGACAGGAACGAAACCGUACCGGGAGUUCCGGAUCAUGGCGUCCAGCUCGCCGUCGGCGUCUUCCUCGACCUCGUCCAUCUCGUCGAGCGUGGUCCCCGGCGGAGCGGCGUUGACCUCGGUUCGGCUUCAGCGUCGACGCCGGAAGAAGAAGCGCGUGCUGCAACCGGCGGCCAAGGUCGAGCCGGAAGUGGCCGGGGGAAGCUCCCGGGGGUCCAAGAAGGUCACGAGGAAUGUAGCACGGGAAGAGGAGGAGGAGGAGGAGGACGAGCGGGAUACAACGAACGAUGAGGACGGUUCCGACGAUGAGGACGAGGACUUCGAGUUUGACGAGACUGACCAGUGUCGCCGGUUGGCGGCCGCCAGCAACGGGAAUGGAGCGGAGGAACCGAUAUCGAUGCCAUGGUUCGGCAUGGAUAUCGGGGGCACCCUCACGAAGUUGGUGUACUUUGAGCCGAAGGACAUCACGCCGGGCGAGCUGGACCAGGAGGCGCGCAUCCUGCGCAACAUCCGGCGCUAUCUGACGAAGCACUCGGCCUACGGCGACACCGGCCACCGCGAUACCCACCUGCAGAUGGACGACGUGGAGAUUCGAGGCCGGCGGGGGUCGCUGCACUUUAUCCGCUUUCCGACGGCCGAGAUGGACAAGUUUCUGGCGCUGGCCAAGCGGAAAGGGAUGGCCCAGCUGGUGACGACGGUGUGCGCCACGGGCGGGGGUGCGUUCAAGUUCGAGGACAACUUUCGGCACGAGGUCAACAUGAAGCUGGCCAAGUUCGACGAGCUGGACGCGCUCAUCAAGGGAAUUCUGUUCACCGAGACGCACAACUCGUGUGAGUGCUACUACUGGGAGAAUGCUAGUGAUAUUAGUUUAAGUACAAAGAAAAAGUUUGACUUUAGUCAACCGUACCCGUUCAUCCUGGUGAACGUGGGCUCGGGAGUGUCGGUGCUGGCCGUGCGCGGUCCGGACAACUACAAGCGCAUUUCCGGUACGAGUUUGGGCGGCGGAACCUUCCUGGGGCUGUGCUGUCUGCUGACGGGGUGCGAAACGUUCGAGGAGGCCAUCCAGCUGGCCACCCGCGGGGACCACAAGCGGGUCGACAAGCUGGUGAAGGACAUCUACGGUGGGGAUUACGAGCGGUUCGGGCUGCCGGGGGAUCUGGUUGCGUCGAGCUUUGGCCAAAUGAACCUGUUGGAGCGGAGGGCAAGCGUAUCGCGGGAAGAUCUGGCGAAUGCCACGCUCGUUACGAUCACGAACAAUAUCGGUUCGAUUGCGCGGAUGUGCGCUAGCAACGAGAAAAUCGAUCGGGUGGUCUUUGUGGGAAACUUCCUGCGCGUGAACCCCAUCUCGAUGAAACUGCUCGCAUACGCAAUGGACUACUGGUCCAAGGGCACGCUGAAGGCGCUGUUCCUCGAGCACGAGGGCUACUUCGGUGCGGUGGGCUGUCUGCUGCAGUUCAACGGCGAACUCAACACCCAUCUCCACAACGAGGGCGAACUGUUGCCUUAGACGGUUGGAUUGUGGUUUCAGUUAGGCACGUGAGGGUUUGUUUCUGGUUUUGUAUUUGUUUUCUUGAUUGCACACAAAACGAUGCACACAAACACACGUACACAAACAGGCACGCAUAAAUUUACGAGUUAAUAUGCUAGAAAUCAAGUGAAAAUUAUAUACAACUUAUUAAAACAAAAAGAAUAACAAAUCACAUUCGGUAGCGUGUAAGGCAAGCAACUUGCAGGAAAGAAUCCUUACUAGGGUAAUGCAAUUGAACAGAACUGUGCGUUGAGAGAGAAAGAUGAGAGAGUGCUAGAGAAUGUUAUAUCAUGAAUGUGAAGUUAAACAUAUUCAAAUGUAAAUCAAAAAUGGUCCAGACAAUUUUGGUCGUUUUUCCCCCCUCUUUACUUCUGCUAGGCUAUUUAUACUAAGAUAGUGUCGUUUUUAUGUUUAAGACCUACUUUUAAAAAUAAAUCAAGCUGUUUCGGUUUUCGAAAUCGAUUUAUUUGUUUCUUUUUUAGAUAGUGCUAGUAGCGUUGGCAACAGGGAAAUCGUAGAGCCGUGAGAGAUAGCUGGUUUUGUUUCAAACUUUAUCAAAUUUCCACUAGCGUUAGAAGUGCGUAUGUUAACAUUCUAAAAAUAUAUAAGUGACAAAUAUUCAAAUCCCCUUGAGUAAGACAAAUUGAUAAGUAAUUAUUUAUCUGAUCUUUAUCGUUUACUGUUCUUUUUUUUGUUGCGGUGUAGGAUAAACUAUCAGUUACUGUUACCAAAAUAUACCCUACGACACUAAAUACAAUCAAACUCAAUUGAAGGCAACUUAUCCCAAGAACAAACAAAACAAAAACACACAAAUCUUGACCUAUCCAAAGCUAUCAAUAAAUAUCAUGCAUUUUGAAUUUAAAACAGCUUUGAAUAUCGCCUUUCUGGGAUUUUGCUUUGCAAGAAUUCAAUGCGCGUUGAUUCAUCAUACACACAGAACACAAAUAUACGCAAGUUCAGACUGUGCGGAGAGGCCGUUGUACAAACUUUAAAUUUUUCGCAAUAGACAUGAUUGUAGGGAAGAGGUUUGUUUGUGCGCAUUCUUUGCAUUUUUCAAUUUCAACCAGCGAAAAAAAA